CACCAAAUCUACUUCCUGGCUCUGCCUCUUUUUUUUUUCUAAUGAUACGAUGAUGACAAAGCAGAGGCCUUGAUUACUACAAUCCUACCGUCUUCCACUCUCAGAUCCUCACAAAUUCCAUCUCCAAAUCCCAGCCCAAAGCUAAAAACUAUGUUUCUUGUCGAUUGGUUCUACGGGAUUCUUGCUUCCCUCGGCCUCUGGCAGAAAGAGGCUAAGAUCCUCUUUCUCGGCCUCGAUAAUGCCGGUAAAACCACCUUGCUUCACAUGUUGAAGGACGAGAGAUUGGUUCAGCAUCAGCCAACUCAAUACCCCACAUCGGAAGAACUUAGUAUUGGGAAAAUUAAGUUCAAAGCUUUCGACUUGGGAGGUCAUCAGAUUGCUCGCAGGGUCUGGAAAGAUUACUAUGCUAAGGUGGAUGCUGUGGUGUACCUGGUAGAUGCCUAUGAUAAAGAGAGGUUCGCAGAAUCAAAGAAGGAACUUGAUGCACUUCUUUCAGAUGAGUCCCUCGCCAAUGUCCCGUUUCUUAUUCUAGGAAACAAAAUAGAUAUACCCUAUGCUGCCUCGGAGGAUGAGUUACGUUACCAUCUUGGGCUCACAAACUUUACCACUGGCAAGGGCAAAGUAAACCUAGCAGACUCGAAUGUCCGUCCACUAGAGGUAUUUAUGUGCAGCAUUGUCCGCAAAAUGGGAUAUGGUGAUGGCUUCAAAUGGAUGUCUCAGUAUAUCAACUAAGGUAACGUUCUAUGAAAUGCGGUUGUAUGAUGUUACAGACUCCCAAGCUCUGAUCCCAUCUGAUCACUCCUGACUUCAGGAAAAAAAAAGGGUUGUGUUCAUCAAACUGUUUGAACCAGUCCCUAAGUGGGUUUUUACGUUUGAUGUAUUUGGUUUUGGAUCUGUAAAAUCUACUCGUGGCAGCAAAUCUAUGGUAUUGUAGUUUUGUCAA